AUGCUUUGGGGUGAAAGUGCAUCAAGUGAAAUAAAACAGUUUGAUAUAGCUCUUUGGAUCAAACAAGCAGAAAAGAUCUUGGAUGAUGAUUUUAGUCAAAAUGAGAAGGAGACAUAUGUUGACAUUGAAUGGAAAUGGCAAAAACUCUUGAAUGAGAAAUUUGCUGUCAAUUCAACUGAAAUUUCACCUAAUUUCAAUGAACGUGAAGACAAACUUGAUACAACCAGUCUACCGGAUAAGUUUGUACCAGCAGUUCAGGGAAUUAAGGUUGCCAUCACUCAUAAACUUCAUAUACUUGCCAAUAAAACAAAAAAAGAACUUGACGAUGUUAAGGUUGUUGGCGAGACAGUCAAAGAAGAAUGGUACAAAAAUAAAGAUUUUUUAUUUGAUUGUGGUGAAGAUCGUAUUACCACUGUUCAUAUUGAUGUUCCGUAA